AAAAAAAAAAAAAAAAAAAAUGAUAAUCCGUGAUUGGAGCGUGAUUUUGAUCGUCAAUUUCCAUAUUUUUUUUUCUAUUCUGGGUUUAUGGGACUUAUUUGUCUCUUCUUCAAAAUAUUGCCAGAUUAAGGAAAACAAAACCAGAAAUUAAUAAAAAGGUAAGGCAGAAAUUGUCCUUGUAAUUUGUCAAUCUCUUUCUUUCUCUAGGUUUUCUAGAGUUUGGUUUGUUCUAAAAAUUCCCUCUUUUGGGCUUUAUUCCUUGUGAUUUUUCACCUGCAAACUUACACCUAAAAAGAUGCGAUUUUUGAUUUAAUCCUGAUCGAUAAAGUGAAUGUCUUCUGCCCAUCUGGGUUUCUUCUGAAAUCGAUUUGCAUGUCAAGUUCGAGGAUUUAACUAAUCUCCCUGAAGGUUUCUGACAUUUCCACUCGACUCAGAUUUUGAUUUCAUCUGAAAGUUUGGAUUUUUGAGUUGGAAAAGAAGUGAAAUCUGAAGCGAUAUAGCGACAAUUUUCUCUCUCUCUCUCUCUCUCUCUCUCUCUCUCUCUCUCUCUCGGAUGAAUUCUCCGUUAAGUUCUAAGAAUCUGAGAAUCUUUUCAAAGUCUGUUGCUUGCAAAUGUCUUGUUCUUGUUGGUAUUGCUCUGUUCUACAGAGCUCUGUUACUCUCUUACUCUCCCAGAAACGCUCUGAGCAAUAGCUUAUUGUUUCGAGAUCGUCACAUGUCAGAUUCCUCCUCAACCGGUGGAAUCCGAACUGAUAAGUUUCUCGAGGUUCCUCAGAUCGUCUGGGGACUAAACAAUCAGAAGAUAGCUUUUGCUAGAGCUUGCUUGACGGCAAGAAUGAUGAACAGAACGCUUCUCAUGCCUAGUCUAAGUGCUUCCUUGUUCUACAAGGAAGUUGAUAAGCUUCGUCCCAUUCCGUUUGAUAAAGUGUUUCAGUUUGAAAGAUUCAACUCUCUCUGUUCAGGGUUUGUGCGGCUUUCUCGGUUCUCGGAUGUUAAAAACAGAGCACAAGUGUUUGAUCUAGAGAAAGGUAGUGGAAGAAGAUGGACGGUUGAAAGAGACUUGGAACACUUGAAACAAUCCGCUCGUAACGAGUCCAUCGAUGAGUUUGAAGUGAUCCGUCUCAUAGGGAAAAACCCGUUCUUGUGGCACGAUCAUUGGCCUGUUGAAGACUAUGCUAAGGUCUUUGAGUGUAUGGUGGUGGUUGAUGAAAUCUCAAGAGAAGCAGAUAAGGUUGUGAUGAAAAUCCGAGAAGCAGGUGAGGCAGAAAGGGCAAAACUCGCAUCGAAAACCGAAAUCCUCGGUCCGGUACCUUUUGUUGCGGUUCACAUGAGAAUAGAGAUAGAUUGGAUGAUACAUUGUAAGAAACUAGAGCAACGGAAAAAGAUCUCAGAGAUUUGUAGUAGUAAAAGAGAGAUUUUGGACAGAGUAGGGAACAUUUCAGGUUUAAAGACUCCAACAGUUCUUUACCUUGCAGUAGCAGAUACUCUCUUAGAAGAAAAAGAAGAAGAUUCAUCGGUUUUAAGUGGUUGGAGAGACGGUUUAAUACCAUUUGAGAAGAAGAAGCUUGGGGUUAAAGAGGAGAUAUAUGGGAAGUAUUCAUAUUUGAUACAAUCGGCUAUAGAUUACGAGGUGUGUUUAAGAGCGGAUGUUUUUGUUGGUAAUAGCUUUUCGACUUUCUCUAGUCUCAUUGUUCUUGAGAGGACACAGAAAGCGAGAAGGUUAGGGUUUAUGAGUUCUUGUAAAGAUGGUGGAAACAAGUGGAGAUCUUAUGCAUAUAAUCUGGCUGGUGAAUCAAACGGAGUUCCAAGGAGAUGGAUGACAAAUAUGACUCAUUCGAGCUUGCAAGCUAUUAGCUAUGGCUCAAAUUCUGUUUCUUGUUCUAGUGGAUGAACUGGCAUUUUAGGUCUAGUUUUUUUUGGCUUUUCUAUACAAUUCGUUUAUUUGUGGGGUAAAAAAAAGUUGUGUAAAUUUUACAGGAAAAAGAACAAUGCUUAGAUCUUCUUUUUAGUUUUUUAAAUAAUCUGUCCUUCUGUUCAUGAUUAGAAGUAAAUCUAUAGAAAACAAUUCAUUGCUUAUGGAACAAGGCAUCUUUGCACAAACAACAACAAUGAAAAUUGCAGGUCUGGGAACUUUCUUCAGCUAAGAAUUAACUCUGCUUUCUUGCGGUGUAGAGACGGAAAGAAGCCAGCCCGGCGAUCAAAACCGCUGUCCCGACUGUUAAAACAUUUGGAAUCAUGAUGAGAUACAGAAGCAUUUGAUCAAACAUUUUGGAAUCCAAGAACUGAACAUACUUGAAACCGCCAUUAGAGAUCUGUUGUUUAGCUUGCAACUCCUUUUCUUCUUUGACUCAAUCUCUGGAAUAUUCAAAUGGGGAUUCUCUGCCGCG